AUGCUGGGUGACUAUAUCAGGUCCUUGCCCGGGGCCUGCCCUCCAAGGAAGAAGAGCCAAGUCGUCCCUGGGCCAGAGACCCGCACCGUCAGCCGCCUCCCUCCGCCGCUGGCUCGGCUCCAGCCAUGCCUGCGCCCUGCCCCAGGGCCUUUGCAUGUCCGCACCAAGGCCGGAGCCGCCUGGAUCCCUGACCCUGCGCUGCGCGGCGCCCUCCUUCACAUCUCCUGGGAGGCCACCGCCCCGGGAGGGAGGCUCCUGCCGGCCGCGCCCCGCCCUUCCCACCACGUGACCGCGGUCAUCCCCACUGGAGCGGCCGGGAGGGCCGGCGCGGGCGCCAUGGAGGGGCUGCGGCGCGGGCUGUGGCGCUGGAAGCGCUACCACAUCAAGGUGCACCUGGCCGACGAGGCGCUGCUGCUGCCGCUCACCGUGCGCCCGCGGGACACGCUCAGCGACCUGCGCGCGCAGCUGGUGGGCCAGGGCGUGAGCUCCUGGAAGCGCACCUUCUACUACAACGCGCGGCCGCUGCGCGACCACCAGACGGUGCGCGAGGCGCGCCUGCAGGACGGCGCGGUGCUGCUGCUGGUAGUCUGGGUGGAGGAGGCGGAGCCACGCUGGAGGGGCCUCCAGGUGCUGCGGGAAGGAGCUGGCGGGCGCGGGCACCUGGGCCUUCUCCAGGUCGGGGCUCCCAGGUGCAGGAGAGACCCAGGGCCUCAGGCUGCGGCCGCACCUCGAACUCUUGGUGGAGCCCUGUCCCCGACGCCGACCUAGGACGUCUGUCCCUGACCAGCUCCACAGCCCAGCCGUGGCCUUCCCUCUGUGCCGUGACCUGGAAGCCAGUCUCCUCCCUGUGGACAGCCAGAGGGGACCCCGUGAUGGGCACCAGACUGCACCCACCUGAUCCCCCACCCAGCUCCGCACAAGAGGGGCCCCUCUUGCCUGGGACCAUGUGACGGCCCUCCUGCCCCUGCUGCCCCUGCCGGGCGCCCCAUCACCAACCAGCCCAGUGCAGCCUCCUCCAGGAAGUCCCCUGGGACUGGCUGCUCCCCAGCGGCCAGCACCUGUCCCCUCUGGGCCCACAGGCCUCCUGCUGUGAACAUUCACCCAGUCUCAUAAGCCAGAGGGGGACCUGGUGGCCCCAGCCCUGGGCUGGUUCUCGAACCCUGUGUCCCUACAAGUCCCUGAACAUGCAUCUGUCCCCCUG